UGCAAGUGCCUCAGUCCGAUGUGGUGUGUGCCGUGUGUGGUGAAGUGGUUCAGCAGUCGACAGAAUCAGAGCCACCCGGAGGGAUGGUUUGGCGGGAAGGCUCCUUGCCCCACAUGUAGGGCGACGUUCUGUGUGUUUGAUGUGGUGGACUUAACGGAGGCGUUUGAGUGA